GAUGCACCGGAAUAGUCAUGUGAGCUAUAGCAUAUCAGUGCUACCAAGUUGUAAUAUAAAAAUAAUUUGUGUAGAAUCCUACGGUUAUUAGCAAAAUAGUUUAAAACUUGAAAGUAUAAGCGUUCAUGAAAGCACAAAAAAGUAAAAAUAUAUUAUAUUUAACGUACCAAAGUGUUUUCAACGUAAUUAUGAUUGUGUGUGCGUAUGUUUUACAAAUAAUGCCAUUGUAGGUAGGUGCCAUAUACUUCCGGUAAAUUAAGGAACAAUUGAGAUGAGAUCCCGCUUUUAUGAGCGUUUGUAAUUUGUGUGCUCAAUUCUUAUUGUAUUUUCAAGUUAUUCAACUCGAGACCCGCCGAUGUUGUCAUAAAAUAAACUUUUGUUAUUUCGUUUAAAUCUCUGCUGACCAACGAGCUUGGCAGUGUGUUUGUGUACACUUCUUCAUAUGUUUGUAUGUAUGUGCGUUUAAAAAUACGCUGUCGCAGCUUAUAAUAGGCUUGGAAAAUGGUAUGAAAGUGGCUACCGUCUCACAUUUCAUUUAUUUUGCAGAGAGUGUACCCGAAUAAUGUACUCUGGAAAUAACAGAAUUUCCUAUUUAUUAUUAAACAUUUCAUUUGCUUGGUGAGUUCCAUUUUCAACUUCAAAAUGAGAACUAUUCUGCACUUACUGCUGCAUGUCUUCUUGCUACACAUCGUCCACGCGGCAAAGCACGGAGCGCGUCGCAACGUUGUGCUUAUAAUUUUUGACGACUUGCGUCCAGCGCUGGGCGGCUACGGUGAUCAUCUGGCGCAGACCCCACAUUUAGACGCAUUCAUGAAAGAGAGUCAUCACUUUACACGCGCUUAUAGCCAGCAAUCGCUGUGUGCUCCUAGUCGUAACUCUAUGCUUACUGGCCGCCGUCCGGAUACGCUGCAUCUCUACGACUUUUACAAUUACUGGCGCGAUUUUACCGGCAACUUUUCCACGCUGCCCCAGUAUUUCAAAGCGCACAAUUACUAUACAUAUGGAAUUUCAAAAGUUUUCCAUCCAGGCAUUUCAUCGAACAAUACGGACGAUUAUCCCUACAGUUGGUCGCUGCCCGUUUUUUGGCCUCGGAGUGAGAAGUACAUGAAUUCACCAGUGUGUCCGGAUGCUGGUGGUGUAUUGCGGAAAAACCUUAUCUGCCCUGUGCACCUACAAACUCAACCGUUGAAGACGUUGCCUGACAUUGAGUCCACCGCGGAAGCUAUACGCUUUGUCACAUCUUACAAGCGACGUAAGCCGUUUUUCCUAGCAGUUGGUUUUCACAAGCCGCAUAUUAAUUUCCGCUUUCCACAACACUACAUGGACCAAUUUCGUCUUGAAGAUUUCAAUAAUUAUACGACAGAUAUCCAUAAACCAGAGGAUAUGCCAAGUGUCGCUUGGAAUCCCUAUACGGAUGUGCGUUCGCGGGAUGACUUCAAACAUCAAAACAUUUCCUUCCCUUACGGUCCGAUCUCGGCGAAACAUCGCGCCCAGAUACGUCAGGCCUACUACGCAUCUGUUACUUAUGUUGACGACCUCUUCGGAAAAUUUAUAGCACAUCUAAAUAAGAGUAAUACCAUCGUACUGGUGACCAGUGAUCAUGGCUGGUCUUUGGGUGAACAUGCAGAAUGGGCCAAGUACAGCAAUUUCGAAGUGGCUUUGCGUGUGCCACUCAUCAUCCGUAGUCCAGAGUUCCCGACACCCACAUCGCAGCAUAUCCACGCGAUCGUUGAACUCAUAGACAUUUUCCCAACAUUGGUGGACUUAGCGCAUUUGCCGGCAUUGCCAAUUUGUAAUAGCUCAGCACCUUCUAAUGAAAAUUUAAUUUGUGGCGAAGGCAAAAGCUUAUACCCACUCCUACAGGGAAUCGGUUUGAACAAGGAAUACGUGGCUUUAAGCCAAUAUCCACGCCCAGGCAUUGUGCCGACAAAGCAUCCCAACAGUGACAAGCCGAAACUACCAAACAUCAAGGUGAUGGGCUACUCGAUGCGCACUAACGCGUUUCGUUACACGAUCUGGGUGCGUUUCAACACACAUAAUUUUACUAAAGAUUGGAAUGAAAUAUUUGGGGAGGAGUUAUACGACCAUCGCUUGGAUGCGGAGGAACACGUAAACCUGGCUAAAAUUUCAGAAUUUGAUGAGAUCCGUGCGCUUCUGAAGCACCAAUUAAUAACUGCUUUUUCGAAAUAACAGCACCAUAAACUAUAUUAUUAGCCUAGUUAAAAUAUGAUAUAAAGAUAUAGAUGGUAAAGUGUGAGAUAAAGAUAUAUAAGUUGAUUUUUUCUGGUUCUUCUUUAGUAGUCCGGCACCGAUCAAAUUUGCCUUAAUUUAUUCAUAGUUUUAACAUUUAAUUAAUUCUCUUGACCCGUUAUCGAAUGUACUAGAGCGCAGUUGUCACAAUUAUGGUAAUAUGCAAAUUCAAUUUAAAUGGUGUUAAAAUCGUCCAGAUCAAACCUCUAGCAGAAGAACAAGAACAAGACAUUAGAUCAAUGGAAACGCUAUGUGGAUUUCCAUCUGAGCUGGGUUUGUCAUCAACCUCAUUGGGGGAAAAAAGACCAGCCGCAUAGGAAAAUGCUUUAAAGCGUCUGAUAGAGACAGGACUAGAGAUGCUCAUACAUGCAUACUAUAUACCUAAUAAGCUUCUCAUGGCAUUGGGUUAGGCUUUUUUCGAUUAAUUCAACGAGGUUCGUUCAGUUUCAAUGCCUAUGGAGGUGUUCAUCAUUGCCAUUGUAUUGCACAUAAAACCAUUCCCAAAGAAAAUAGAGAAAAUAAUAUUUAUUUUAUUCAUUAAUUUUC